AUGGCGAAGCGUCUGCAGUUCAUAAGGGUAGCGUUGUAUAGCCUCGUCAUUGGAACAUCUGCGCAGAAGCGGGAGAUAUUCGAAGGUUUUUCAGCAAAUGCUACUUAUGAUUAUGUUGUUGUCGGUGGUGGUACAGCUGGCCUGGCGAUAGCUUCUCGCCUGUCCGAAUUUGCAUCAGUAGCCGUUCUGGAAGCUGGCGGCCGAUAUGAGCAAGACAAUGGCAAUCAAUCGGUGGUUCCAUACUAUGGCCUCAUUAUGCCUGUGCUUGGCACAAGCGAAGCAUAUCCUCCCCAAUCUCUCAUAGACUGGGACUUGUUAUCGACUGCGCAAUCCGCCGCUAGUAAUCGUCGCAUACACUAUGCACAGGGCAAAACGCUUGGAGGAAGCUCGGCGAUCAACACAAUGGCUUAUCAUAGGGGAACUGCUGGUUCAUACCAGCGCUGGGCAGAUUUGGUCGGUGACCAAAGUUACACAUACGACAAGGUCUUGCAGUACUUCAAGAAGUCCGCCACUGUUACACCCCCUGACCUCGCAAAGCGUAAUGCGCCGAAUGCGACGGUGCGAUACAACCACUCCGCGUUCGAUAACGCUCUCCAAGGCCCUCUCCAAGUAUCGUGGGCUAAUUGGGUUGAUCCAGCCCAGAGUUGGCUCGUAAGAGCAUUGCAAGCAGUCGGGCAGAAGCUGAGUGUUGAUGGUUUCAGCAGCGGUAGCUUGAAUGGUGGAGCUUGGGUGCCCACGACCAUCGACCCAAAACAUGCGACAAGAAGUACUUCUAAAAGCAGCUAUCUUGAUGAAAAGAAAGGUAAAAGCAUGUUGCAACUGACCAUUUAUCUGCAUUCCCAAGCCAGCAGAGUGAUAUUCGACAAGGACAAGAACGCCAUCGGUGUAGCAGUGCUAUCAGAAGGAGAUGAAUACAUGAUAUCGGCAAGGAAAGAAGUAAUUCUUUCGGCUGGUGUGUUUCACUCUCCACAGCUUCUUAUGAUAUCUGGUGUUGGGCCUGCAGCAACUCUCUCAGAACACGCUAUACCGGUCGUAGCCGAUAUCCCCGGCGUGGGUCAGAAUCUUUCGGAUCAGAUCUUCUUCAAUGUGCUUCGCAGUAUCACCGUCCCAAGCACCGGAGCAUACCUCAGUACGGCCACCCAACAGGCAAUAGCUCUCCAGCAGUAUUCAACAAAUGCCUCGGGUCCAUACAGCUCAGCUGGUGGUUAUCUCUCCUUUGAGAAGUUACCGCUGAACUAUCGUGCGAACUUCUCGUCUCGAACGGAGGCAGCUCUAUCAGGAUUUCCGUCUGACUGGCCGGAGAUAGAAUAUAUCGCGUCUGGCUUCCCUAGCGGGGAUACGGACUUCCCCACAAUCGGCGCGAUCAGCGGCACACUUCUUACACCAUCCUCGCGAGGUAGUGUAACGAUUCGUAGCGCAUCGAUUUUGGAUCAACCCAUCAUCGAUUUAGGCUGGCUUACUGAUUCAGUAGACGAAGAAGUCAUGGUCGCUGCAUUCAAGCGAGUGAGAGAAGUUUGGGACAGUCCUGCACUUGUUGGGGUAAUCGCCGGUCCAGAAAUCGAGCCUGGCCCCAACAUCAAUACGACUGCAGACAUCUUGAACUUCAUCAAGCAAAACGCUCAACCAAUAUGGCAUGCAAGCUCUACAUGCUCGAUGGGUAAGACACCAGGGAGAGGAGCUGUGGUGGACUCGCGGGCAAACGUUUUUGGUGUACAAGGGUUGAGAGUAGUUGAUAUCUCAGUAUUCCCUUUCAGUUUGCCUGGGCAUCCGCAGGCUUCAGUAUACAUGUUUGCGGAGAAGAUAGCGGACGAAAUCUCAAAAACAAGAGAAGCUUACUAG